CACACAGAGUCCCUCAGGGUACAUUCUUUGACAGUUUGUGUUGCUUUAAUGCUUCAGUGAACAAACACACACACACACACACACCCACGCCUACACACAAUCACACUCAAAAACUCCCAUUUAGGCCCAAUCAACCAACCCAGCUGCACCUGGCCAUUUGAAGCCAAGGUAACUGAAGCCAGAGUGGAAACCUCACACUCUUUUAUCCAAAUACCAGGCGGUUCUCAGUACAUGCAGAAUGUUAAUGUGUGAUCAGGUGUCUGAAGUUUCCAGGCACAUCAAACCUGCAAAAUGUCUUCUGUGGUCCCAGAAACCUUUUUUCUUUAAACAUUUUGAGUUUUAUAUCCCAAUAUAUAUCAAAAAUAUUUAGAUGUCAUGUGACCUAAUGUGUAUGAACCAAUGGGCAAGUAAGGAUUACACAAAUGAAAUAUGUAGAAUAAAAGGUGUGUGCAUGCUUGAAAUGUCAAAGUUAAAUUUCAUGAGACGAGAGGAUUUCCAACUUUGUAUUAGAUGUACAGCCUCAGUGAAUACAACUAUUUCCAAUAAACAUUAUAUAGAUUCAUCAGUCAGAAUGACAGGAUGAAAGCCUAAUGGAAUGCAGUAUUUUUUCUAGGUGUGGUUUUCCGUAAAUUUUUUUAUUGGUCUUUUUUACUUUUCAGAAACAAUUGUGGUUGUCGUAAAAGUUUUUAAUGGAUUAUAGCUUUUUAGACAAGGAUUAUGGCUCACAGAUGUUUCCAUUUAUUUGAAGCUUUUUUUCAUGAGUGCAAAAGGACGAGGAUAUCUGACAGUGUGAGCAGGAUAAAGUGUACCAAUGAAUGUGUGUUUUAUUUUGUAGGAGCCUGGCCAGUGCAGCCAUGCUGAUGUAUGAUUACCCUCCAAAGACCGACAUGGAGACGUCAUUCCCAGAGCCAUACGGGGUGAUCUUUCACCAUCCCAGUGCCUUCUACCGGGUGCCCAUGCAGCCCUUCACAACGUGCAACCCCACGCAGACCCAGCAGGAGCCGGUGGAUCUGUCGGUCAGCAAGCGCUCCUCCUCCACCUCGUCCUCGCCUCCGGCGUCCUCCCCGGCCUCGCCUCCCAGCUCUCCGUCCUCCACCUACAGCUCGGCGAGCCGCGCCUCUCCCUGCUCCCCACACUCUCAGCUCCGCUCGUCGCCCACCCACUCCCUCCCGCCACCCACUCACAUGAUGCCUUACCCACCCAUGGUCAUCCAAAGUCCCGGGGUGAUGGUGUCGCCCCUCGUGCUGCCCCUGCCCCUCAUGUACCCAUCACCAAUUUCCCUGCAUCCGCCGAUGAUGGUGAGCCCGCCGGUCCCGAGCGAUGAAGGUCAUCCUCCCAGCAGAGAACAUAAGUAUGUUCACUCUACGAAGCACGGGGAGAUCCACGACCUGCACAAGUCAAUCAAAACCGAGCCUCAACCUGAUCUCUCCCAGGACGCACUGAGCAGCCAUGAGAUGAAAUCCUCCGUCAUCAGGAUAUCCCACGAGUACGAGUGCAACAAUCCAUCAGUGAUAGUUCGCACAAGCUCCAAGCAUCCUCUACCAGCUGAGUCGCCUGACACGCAGAAAAAGCGCCGAAUUCACUGCUGCGACUUCUCUGGCUGCAACAAAGUGUACACCAAGAGCUCUCACCUCAAAGCGCAUCGCAGAACACACACCGGAGAGAAACCUUACAAGUGCGUGUGGGAAGGCUGCACAUGGAAGUUCGCCCGUUCAGACGAGCUAACGAGACACUUCCGCAAACACACGGGGGUCAAACCGUUCCAGUGUCCAGACUGCGAACGCAGCUUCUCCCGCUCAGACCACCUGGCUCUGCACAAGAAACGCCACCUUUUAGUGUGAAAUCCUCCACGCCGGCCAGGCGACGCAUAUUUCAGGCCGAGGUUCAUUGUUGGGACUUCACCACUUUGACUUGACGGUGUUAAAAUGGCCGACUGAAAGGGAUUGGGGGAAAUAUUCCUCAGGGUGCAUGUUUUGAACCCUUUCACCUCAUUCGUAAGAGCUGGUAACGCCUUCCUACUCUCAUUUAGACAUUUAUGGUUGCUGUGUCAGACCUCUGACCAGCUGUGGAAGGUCCUGAGGGGCUGCAGCAUCUCAGCUGGCUUGAGAGCAGCUCCCUCCUGUCUGCAGAAACAACCUGCCUCAUCAACCAAGUCUUGGCAUGCUCAGACUCUUUAGUGCAACAUCAGAUCUUCGUAUUUACUUUGUGGGCUUGGACACACACUUUCAUACAUGUUAUUUGCUAGCUAGGACAAUAAAAUGUGAAAACCUUCCAGAAUGUAUCACAUCACACCCACUGUGCAUUGUGUCAUACACCUUAAGCUUCCUAUUUUUCCUUUUUUUGUCGUCUUGCUUCUUCUUGAGCGCAGCUAGCUGUGACUAACGCUAAUGCUAAUUCCUCCGUCAUUGGCCACCACAUUACACCACACACCACAUCUGCCUCUACAAGCUUACAUGAUGAAGUGAAGACAGGUAGCUAAAUGCUUGCUUUCUUUUGGAGACACACACACACACACACACACACACACACACACACACACACACACACACACACACACAUGUGCAGAGCAAGAAAACAUGCACUUACUAAAAGCAGCUCAGUCUUGGUUUGGUCUGCUUUUGCAUGUUAAAAAGUGGGACUGCAGGUCUCAUUCAUUAUUAGGAGUGAAGUGUUUAUCAAUGUUUUCAUUCAGAAAUGUGAACGUAGCUGCACAGGGGCAUUAUUGUGUGAGUGAGAAAAAAUAUCACCCAUAAAAUGGUAAAAGGGUAGAAGAACUAUUAUGCUUUGUGUAUUAAGACAUGUUUUUAUGUAUGUUUAAACUCUUCUGGUUUUUGAUGUGACACCGUGGUAGCCUUUUUUAUAGUAUGACACUUUUUAUAGUGCCUUUCAAAGUACUACUUCCUCUUGAACGUUUACACAUUUUGUUGGGUUAUAGCCUGCUAUGUCCCUACGUAUUGUAAUGGGAUUUUAUGUGAUAGAGCAAACUAAAAUGUUGAACCUUCGCCUUUGCUUUUAGUCUUUUGCAGCGUGUAACAAGGUUUUAUAUCAGUCCAUGCUGAUGAAAAGCACCCCCACAGCAUCAUCCUACCACCACCAUGCUUCACCAUGGCGAUGAUGUGUUAGGAGUAAUGUGUAGUCGGUUUUCCAUCACACAUUAUGUUUUGCAGUCCUUCCACUUUACAAAAACACACUACUUGUCUGUUGCUCUGUUACAUAAAAUACAUUAAAAUUCAUGGCUGUAAUUUGACUAAAUGUGAAAAUGUUCAGGGGUUAUGGGUACUUUUGCAAGGCACUUUGACAAAAUAUGCAAAGUGCAAAGCAUGGAAAUUUGCUCUUAAAUAUCAGCAUUUCAGAAACAGUUCUGUUUCAUUUAGGCAUGACUUGCAGAAGAUGUAAUUGGAAAGGAAAUUUAGUACAUUUUUCUCUAUAUUUAUAACCAUAGGAUACACAGUAACAGGUUUUACUGCAAUGAAAUGCCAGCAAGAUUUUAGAGCACAUUUUUUUACACCUCCUGGGGAACAAAAUAGUUUAAAAAGCAUCUUUGUACAUCUCCAAUGCGCACUUUAUAUAUAAAAAUAUAUUUGUAUAUAAAAAUAGUAUCUUGUAUAUCAUUCCCAAAGCCAAGCAAUUUAAAAUCACACAUUUUUUUUCUGCUUAUAGAGUUGCUGAUUGGUUUAACCUGAAACCUUUUACAGGUGUCAGGGUUUGUCAUUUUUUUAAGAGGUGCAAAGUCUCAUUUAUUCACAUGUACACAAAUACUAUACCGAAUGUAGCAGCUCAACUGAUCUGCAUUUGCUCCCUGAUACUCAGUGCAGUUCUUUGCUUUGUAUAUGUUUUUGUUUUUUUAUCUAUGCACAUGCAAGUUGUGAUAUAAUUGAUUUUUAAACUGAAAGGGCAAUUAAUGGUUUUUAUUACGCAUGAUUUUUGAUACUCUACUAUACAUUUCUGUCAUGUUGUGUCUUUAAUAAACCAUAUUUCUUUUUAAUCUAAGCGGUGGCAAUUCAAAGGGAACUGUGUUAAACUGUGAACAUAUAUUUGUACAUUACAGGUCUAUAUGUAAUUUUUGCAUUUUUUAAAAAAGAAUAUUCAAUAUUCCUACCACUCAAUAAAUAUAUUG